UUUGAAUUUACGGACAGCGCCUCGAAAUAAAUGGCACGCGAUGGCGAGAGCAAACAUUAAGCCCAUUUUUUCCUAUGGGUUAAAUGUUUGAUUUAUUUCAGAGCGAACACGAUUUCGAGAUUUAUUUGAAGACGUAAAGACUAAUGGCGGACAACUUAGCUAGGAAGCCAAAAUUUUUACUAGUUGGUGGCUACAAUGGGGGCGAAAAAAUACCGGAAAGAAAAUUAUUCCUUGAGGAUGCAUGUUGGACUAUAUACUCGUAUGUUUAUGAUAUUAGCACUAGGAGUAGAGCCAAUCACAUGCCAAAUAUCUGCGUAAUUGAUAACGACUCAAGUUCAUAUCUCAAAGCUAAUUCAGAAGCAGACAUCACGGCAUUGCAUGAAAUGUUAUACAAUGAUGAAUCUUUUGAUGGUAUAACUCAUGUUUUGCUUGGUCAUAGCCACGGCGCACUAGUCAUAUAUGAAGCUCUUAAAGAUGAGGCCCUGUGGAAUUUUCUUAUAAAGAAACGUACACCAGAAAGAGAAAUACCGAUCAUAAUUAAAACGAUUCGAAGUCGACUCGCAAUAUUUAGCCUGGGAGGAAUCCAAGACAUACCUGGGGAUUACGCAAAGGUGUGUUGGAAUAUUGAAUUUGAAAAUGAUGGUAUUGCAAAAUCAGUCAAAACGCUUUUUGGGAAAUAUGCAGACAGCAACAAGACAAUCAUAUCAAAACCACAACCUGAACAAUUUGUACAGUCACAGAAACAAAUGUUUUUGUCAAAUCUGUCCUGUUCUGCAUCGUGCAGUAAAGAAAAUCAUAUUUUACGAACGAUUUUAAAUUAUACAAUAAAAAUGGUUGAUAAAAUUAACAAUGUAAAACAAGUUUGUCGGAAAGGAUUUGAAGCUUAUUUAAUUGGAGGUUUCGGAGCCGAUAUCAAUGAAGUGGAAGCUGGAGCGUGGGAGAUAUGCAAACAGUUAUACAACUUUUCAGAAAGAAAGAGAAUUAUUCAUUACAGGGACGUUGAGUCAAUUGUGAACACUGCAAGAAGUUUGUCAGACAAACCGAAAACCAUUGUUUCCGAGAUUCACAAAAUUCUCUUCCAUAUGCCACACUGUAAUGAUGGAAUAACUCGUAUUAUUUUUGCCCACAGCCAUGGAGCUAAAAUUGUUAGAAAGGCACUUGAUGAAAAGUCACUUCUUGAUUAUUUCAUUGAAUCUCGUCAAAAUGCAAAUGGAGUGGACUUUUCUAAAAAACUCAAGCGAAUUAAAGACAAUUUAGCAGUUUUUACUCUUGGUGGCAUCGACACAAUUCCAAAAGAAUAUGCUAAGAUAUGUCUCAACAUGCGGCUUAAACAAGAUAUAAAUUCUGAGUUUGGCAACAUUAUUUAUGGAGAAAGCAGCCAAAACUCAGAAAUAAUAAAGUUUCAUAACGGCGAAGUGGAAUCUUCAACAACUCAGUCAAAAUUGGAUCAACUUAAAAACUUCUGUCGGUUGAAAACAUUAAAAAGAGCAUCCACUGAAGGAACAAAACAUGUACUAUUUGAAUAUACAAAAGACGCGGCUGUAAUGGGGAAAAUUUUACAAACUUUAAUGUUGGAGAGCAAUUCUGUGCAAUGUGGAUGCUCAGGGACGACUACCAAGAAGAAACUUGAAAAUAAGGAAUGGAACAUCAAAAGACACAAUAUUACAUGGUCCCAUGGAGCUAAAAUUGUUAGAACUGCACUUGAGAAAAACUCACUUCAUCAGUAUUUCAUCAAAUAUUGUCGACCUGAAAAUGGAGUGGAUUUUACCAAAAAACUCGAGCAAAUUAAAGACAAUUUAGCAGUUUUUACUCUUGGUGGUAUCGACACAAUUCCAAAAGGAUAUGCUAAGCUGACUCAUCCAAAAACAUGUUUUUUUGUUGUUAGUUAUUCAAAACUCCUAGAUGCACCCGUCCUUGCAUCCGGUCAACCAAGUUGUUCUAAAAUGAACAGAAAAAUAACUGAUUGA